AUGGGGAAAGUGGCCGAUGGAAAACAUGCAAAGGAUCCUCGUUGUCCGCAUAUUCUGUUGUUGAAAGGACAAGGUUUCAUCGAUGCAUGCUUUCGUGGAGAGAAGCCAAGUGAGGCGCAUCGAAAUACAUCACAAGAAAACGUUGACUUCAUGAGCACAACAGCGGCGCAAGUCUGUCUCGAAUAUAAUUAUUCUGAGACAAAUAUCAGGAAGGCCAUUCAUAGAUACAUGGAUCAGUUUGGGAACAUUGAAUUCAAGGCAAGCGAUCUUUGUAAAAUUUUGAUCGAAAUGGAGGAUGAGUCAUCAUCGGACGAAAAUCAAGAUACGAGCGGAGAUGAAGAUUUGUCAAAAAAUACUGAUUUAGCUGCGACUGCUGAUGAUACGUCUUCUGAAACCAAAGGUGAUGAUAUCGUAUCUAUGCUAGAGGAAAAUCGACAGCUCAAAAACAACAUGACUUGUAAAAUUUGCUUAGACAGUGAAGCUGAUAUCGUUUUUCUUCCAUGUGGACACAUUACGAGCUGUGCCAUGUGUUCGCCCGCAUUAAGAAGGUGUCCAGUGUGUCGUGUAUUAGUGAAAGGGCGCAUCAAAGUGUUUCUAUCUUGA